AAAAUGGAAGACGGUUUUUCCAAAGGUAGAGUUAGGGGAGGGCAUGAGCCAGAAAGCUUGAAGGAUAAACCGAGCAAAGAUAGAAGAACUGAAGCUAAAGGAGGCACAACUGAAAAACAAAUACAUGGUAGGAGAAAAAUUGACGAGCGGUCAGAUAACUUCCAAAAAGAAUCUGUAAAGAAGCAUUCAAGGGAUUCGAUAGGAAAGGAGAGACACACGAGCCAAAACAGAGGAAGAUCUGAAAGAGAAGCCAAGAGAAAAUACCAAAAUGGAUAUGAUGAAAAAAUUAGAGACAGAAAUGCUGCAAAGAAGCAUGAUUCAGGGAAACAUCAUCUGCUAGGAAGUUCAGAGAGAAAGGAGAGGAAAAAAUCAUCAAAAUCCAAUUUCGAAAAUUCAAGGCUAAAAAGGGAACGGUCAAGGAGUAGAGACCGUGAGGAUACACAUAGAUUUAGGUCUCCCUCACCAAGGGCACACAAGUAUACAUCUCAUAAUUUGAGGAUCCGCAGCGAGAUAUCUUCACAUUCCCUCAAAGAGAAGCCUGGAACACAGGAUUCUGAUAUUGACAGGAGCAGAAUAUCUAAUAAUGGCUCCAAUAGCCACCAUCGCCGACAUGGUGGGCCAGUGAAAAGGCUUGGUGGUUAUUCACCGAGGAAGAGAAGAACCGAGUCUGCUCUUAAGACUCCAUCCCCACCUGACCGUUCGCCUGAAAAGAAAAGUGCCAAGUGGGAUCAUCCCCCUACGGCAACUGACAAGGUAUUAUCUGGUUCAAUUGCUUCUAUUUUUAAUUCAUCAAACAGUAACAUGUCUUCAAAUGUACAUGAGAUGGCCAUUGCUGUUGCUGUUGCUUCGGCUACUAGGAAAUCUAUAUCUGGGGUUCAUCCUAAUUCUUUAUUGACUAAGAAGAAUGCUUCUGUUGACUCGGUCCAACUAACACAAGCUACUCGGCCUAUGAGGAGGCUUUAUGUAGACAAUGUUCCGUCUACAACCUCUGAGAACACUUUAGUGGAAUCUCUUAAUAAUUUUUUGUUGUCUUCGGGUGUCAAUCAUAUCCCAGGAACACGCCCAUGCAUUAGUUGUGCGAUUACCAAAGACAAAGGUCAAGCUGUUGUGGAGUUUCUUACACCGGAAGACGCUUUAGCUGCUCUAUCUUUUGAUGGCACCGACAUCUCUGGUUCUAUUCUCAAAAUAAGGCGCCCUAAAGACUUUGUUGAAGUGGCUACUGGUGACUCAGAGAAAUCAAUGGCCGCGGUUGAGACAAUAAGUGAUGUUGUGAAGGAUUCCCCCAACAAGAUUUUCAUUGGUGGAAUUUCAAAUGCUCUUUCAUCAACAAUGCUUAUGGAGAUAAUUAGUGUCUUUGGACCUCUGAAGGCGUACCACUUUGAGUUCAAUGAGAAACUUAAUGAACCGUGUGCUUUUGUGGAGUAUGUAGACCAAUCAGUUACUCUUAAAGCGUGUGCGGGUCUGAACGGUAUGAAAUUGGGAGGGAGAGUCCUAACUGCAGUUCAAGCAAUUCAUGGUGCAUCAUCCUUGGAAAAUAGCGGAAAUACAUCAUAUGAGAUACCAGAAUAUGCAAAGCCACUUCUCCAACAACCAUCGCAGGUCCUAAAGCUUAGAAAUGUGUUCAAUCUUGAGCACUUCUCACUGCUCUCAGAACCAGAAAUGGAAGAAGUUCUGGAAGAUGUGCGAUUAGAGUGUGCCAGGUUUGGUACUAUUAAAUCUGCAAAGGUUGUCAAGUAUCGCAACAAUCACAUCAUCACCCCAGGGACAUCUGAAGCUGUUAAUGAUGCGAAAUCUGGAGGCUACCAGAAGAGCUUAGCGUCCGAAGAAACUGGAGCAAAAAUAGACGCUAAAGAAGAACAUAUUGCAAAUGAGUCCAGGGAAAUUAGUGGAGUGGAGAUUCCAAGCAAUGCCAAACAAAUAAAAGAAGAGGAAUUCACAGAAGACAACCGGUUCUAUUAUGUUAAGCCUGCAGAUGGUUUUAGAGAGGAAAAAUCAUGUCAAAUGGGUCAAUCAGAUGAUAAUAUGAAAGCUGAAGGAAGCGACAACCUGCCUAACAAUGUUCUUGGGGAACACCCGAACCAGCUGAACGGUAUGAAAGAUGCUUUGGAAUGCUAUGAUGAUUUGGUUACUGAUAUUAAAAUAGAGGACGUAAGCUUGGAAAGCAAAUCAAUGGCUAAAGAGGAUUCAACUCUAAAGGAAGUUGGUAUUGAGAGAGAAGAAACUUUUGCUGGAAAGGAGGGCAGUGUUGGAACAGAAUCAGAUGCUAUUCGAAAGAGUGAAAUUAAUGAGACGGAUCAUGGGAAGGACCAGGAUUAUGAUCUUGCAAGAAUAUUUGAGCCCGGGUGUGUUUUUGUGGAGUUUGUUAGAGCAGAAGCCUCUUUAAAGGCAGCACAUUGUUUACAUGGACGGGCUUUUGAGGAUCGUAUUGUGACUGUGGAGUAUGUUUCACUUGAUCAUUACAAGGCUCAGUUUCCAAAUUGAGCGUAUUUGGUUGCUCGUGACAAUGCUCAUUUCGUAAUGCCUUAGUCGAAUUCUGGUGGUUCUCCUCCGGUGCCGUGAUUUUGGUGACAAAAUCUGGUUGGGGCCGUUUUCUUGUUGCGGGAUAGAAAUUUUUGUGCUGCAAUGCCUUGGUCGAAUUCAAAGCGGAGUUGAUUUUCCUAGGGCAACUACCCGUGUGGCUGCUGACGAGGUGGUUGUGGUGGCGGCAGCAACUGCGUUGUGUCUUUGCGGGAUUAGGAUUAUGAUUCUCUUUUUCAUAUUUUUGUGUUUUUGUUGAAUGGAUUUAUACCAACAAUCCAAGUCAUAAGUAAAACAAGUAGAAAGAAGUCGACGAACACAACUUACUCAACCGCUGUACAUGGUUGUCUCGUCUUUCAUUCUAUCCAGCUACGUACUUGAAUCUGACA